UAAAAGACUGAAACUCGGAGCUGAUCUUCGUCUCGUGCUUCGUCUCGUUACACCGCGAUGGCCGGCACCGCGCUCAAGAGACUCAUGGCGGAGUAUAAACAGCUGACCCUGAACCCGCCUGAGGGGAUUGUUGCAGGGGGCCUCAGGAUACGUGUUUUGAAGGUGGAGUGUUUCCAGCCGUCCUCAGCUUCCCCUCCGACUAUCCGCUCAGUCCUCCGAAGAUGAGGUUCACCUGCGACAUGUUUCACCCCAACAUCUAUCCGGACGGUCGGGUGUGCAUCUCCAUCCUCCACGCUCCAGGUGAUGAUCCGAUGGGAUAUGAGAGCAGUGCAGAGAGGUGGAGUCCAGUCCAGAGUGUGGAGAAGAUCCUGCUGUCUGUAGUCAGCAUGUUAGCAGAGCCGAACGACGAAAGCGGCGCGAACGUCGACGCCUCUAAAAUGUGGCGGGAGGACAGAGAGGAGUUCUACAAACUCGCCCAGAAGAUCGUGCGCAAGUCGCUGGGCCUUUAGAGAUGAUGUCAUCACCCUGCGACGGCGCCCAGCACUCUGUUUGUUUGUUUCAGAAACACUCCUCUUUCCUCCUCCGCUUCCUUCCCACCCAGAGAACAGAUUCUCAGCGUCGAUGAACGUCUGAAGACUGAAUGAAGAUCUGAGCAUCUUCGCCGUCACCGUGGAAACCAAUAAAACACACACACAGAGUGCUGCAGAGACGGACAGAUCAAUAAACUGACGGAUGGACGACUGGAGGCCAAUCGGAGGGUUGGAUCAAUACACAAUCCAAAUGUUUCGUAAAUUCAAAUUGACUAAAAGUCGACAGAAGAAAACUGGCCUUUGAUUCGUUGACAAGUGUCAUGUGAUCAUUCUCACAAUGACAUCAUCAUCAUCAUCAUCAUCAUCACCUGUAUGGACCGUUUCACACCGACAGCAGCAUUAUUAUUAUUAUUAUUAUUGAUUAUUAUUAUUAAUAGUGUUAUUAUCCUAAAGGACAUUGAGUUGAAACACAGCUCACAGUUAAACACUGAUGACCAACAAUCAAUAGUCAACGACAUAAAAUCAAUAUGAAAUAUACGGAAUAUAAAAAUAACCAAUAAAAACAUUAAAAAAUAGAAACAGAAGCAGAUCAAAUCAGAAACAGAAUCAGGUCAGGUGUGACAUCAGUCAGGUGUGACAUCAGUCAGGUGUGACAUCAGGUGACAGUCAGGUGUGACAUCAGUCAGGUGUGACAUCAGGUGACAGUCAGGUGUGACAUCAGUCAGGUGUGACAUCAGUCAGGUGUGACAUCAGGUGACAGUCAGGUGUGACAUCAGUCAGGUGUGACAUCAGGUGACAGGUGUGACAUCAGGUGACAGGUGUGACAUCAGGUGACAGUCAGGUGUGACAUCAGUCAGGUGUGACAUCAGUCAGGUGUGACAUCAGUCAGGUGUGACAUCAGUCAGGUGUGACAGGUGUAUUUGACUGAGGGAACGAACCACAGAGCAGAUGGAAUAAACACACAGCGACCAUCUGAGAUCCAGUUCUUCUUCUGCUCUACGCGAACAUCGUGCCGCGUCAGCAGAACGCCGUCGGCGUGUUUCAGCUGACGUUGGAUCUCAGCAGCGUCGACUCAAUCAGCGCUGAUUUUUUAUUAUUUACAACGAAACCAGGAUGAAAAAUAUUUGACGACUUUUUUUUCCCCAAAAACAUAAAAACCAGGUAAAAACGUAUUUCGGCUCUCGGGAGGAAAAAACAAGCUGCUGUCGGUCUGAAGCCGUCUGCAGGUGGAACCGCAGCUUCUCUGUUGGACUCGAUGCACUUUAUCUCUUCCCAAAGGAUCGCUCUCAUCGUCUGCGUCAGGAGCUGGCGGCGCCCCGAGGCGGCGCUCGCUCGCUCGCCCCCGAGGCGGCGCUCGCUCCGGCUGCUUUUACGUUUGUUUGGUUUUAAAAAUGACGCUGGAUGUUCUUCGUCUGGUUUUUGUUUGACGGGACGAGUUUCUUUUAUUUGUCUGAUCAUUUGAAAAGUACUUCAUUAAAAUAAACUGAGGGAAGAAGAA